AUGGCGCCUGCAAACGAGGCCAUUGGAUACGAAACCAAGAUUUUCACCAGUGGUUUCGGCGACCAAAGAACCAAGUACAUGGGCGACAGUUACGAGGCCGACGAGGAAUGGGCGAAACUUUACCCGAGAACUGUCGUUCGGAUACCGAAGUCACAGGCCGACAGAUUGGCCAACAAGUCUAUCCCAAUCGCUGGCGACGAAGAUCACUUUCCCGUGCUCAUCACGGUUUUCCACGUCAUGCACUGCCUAGAUUCAAUCAGGCACCUGUACUUUGGCCAUGACAAGAAUAUGGACCCUGAUCCUAUAAUUAACGAGGCGGUAUUGAAGAGGCCCCAUAUUGACCACUGCUUUGAUUCUCUUCGGCAGAGCAUCAUGUGCGCGUCGGACGUGGCCCCAUCACCAUAUAAUUGGGUUCCCUCAAAAGGCAAAGCUCUUGGAUCUCUGGGCGUACAACACACGUGCCGAAGUGAGUUGCCGGAUUAA